AUGAUUUCACUCGCAAGUGAACUUGCGGAUGAUAUCAAUGGUCUUGAAUUAUCGUCGACAGUUGAUGUUGAUGAAUCACCAGGAGAAAUCGCCAAUAAACCACCAGGAGAAAUCGCCGAUAAACCACCAGGAGAAAUCGCUGAUAAACCACCAGAAGCUGCCAAUGAACUACCAGGAGCUGCUACUGAACCACCAGGAGCUGCCGUUGCAAAAAAGCCACUGCCACGAACACGUAAAGUGUUGG